CAAUGCACCGCGCUAUUAUUGUUUGUGCUGUCCAAGAUGGCGGCUGCCGACUGCAUCCUGCGCAGAACCGUGACCCGGUCCAGACCCGGUCCGAACAAGGUGUCCUCGUCCUCUCUCGUUACCUGCAGGGACGUCCUGCAUGUGUUGGACUUGCAGCGUUACACCAGAGACCAGGGGUCCCCCGUCUACUUCCCCCAGGCUGUCCUCAGCGGAGACGACCUGUACGACGUGACGCUGACUGACGGAGACUGCAGACUUCAGGUGACUCUGGAUCCUGGUCUGAAUCGUUUGGUGGACCGGAGCGUCCUCCGGCCAGGGACGGGUGUUCGUAACUCCGCCUUCAGCCCCGCAAUGACAACCUCGGGACAGAGACACAGCUACCGGCUGGUAAACCUGGAGGUUGCAGAGGACGGGGACGAGUGGACAUGUGACGUGGAUGUGGACUCUCUGCCAUGGUUCGGAUCGGCGUCCCCUGCAGGAUGUCCUCUGAGAGCCAACAGGAGCGUCUUCCUUCCUCUGUGGAAUAACGUGGACUACAGCGGUGAGCUGUGGAGGGACACUCCAUCCACUGAGACACAACUGGAGGACGAAGAAGACGAGGAAGACAUGGAGGACAUGGAGGACAAAGGAUGUCCAGCCGUGACCGUCUCUGAGCUGAGGGACUCCUUCCUGUCUGGACGGAGGGGCGUGGCCACAGGCGUCAUCCGGCAUCGGUUGAUUGUUCGCAUCAUCAACAAGUCGCACCUGAUGUAUUAUGGGAGGACGGACCGCAACUGUGAGUGUCCAUAUAAGGCAUUGCUGGAGGUGUGCGAUCAGACAGGAAGUGUGUGCGUGGUGUUGUGGAACAGCGUAUGUCUCAGCUGGUACCGUUGUCUCAAACCUGGGGACAUCAUGAGCCUAAGAUGCUAUCGAGUCAAACGGCGUUACCAGGCCGGGACACAUGACAUAGAGAUCAGUGUGAACAGCAGAAAUCCGGCUGCACAGAUGUCUGUUCUCGCAGAAUCCUCCAUCUCACCCGAGUAUCUCCCCCCUGCUCCCCCCUUCAGGUUCCUCAGCAGUAAGGAGCUUGUAGACGGUCCCCACAACUCUGUGUGUGAUGUCAUUGGCCUGCUGACAUUUUCAGGACGAGCGGAGCGAAUCAGGAGCAAGGAGGGUAGAGGGGCGGGGCUACUUCAGUAUCGCUGGCUGCGUUUGGAGGACGGGAUGAGCGACCAGCCAAUCACAGUGAAGCUCUUCACCACGUCUCAACCUGAGACCCACCUGAAGCUCCACCCACUGUCUGUGGUGGUUUGUACCCAGCUGAAGUUGAUCACAUGUACAGAGCAACGUCCCGCCUGCUUCUACCUGACCAACACCACCUACACACAGGUGUACUGCACAGGACUGGGGCACCACUCACAGAUGAGCUACCGUAAACUGCGGCCGGUUCGACAGUUCCUCUGCUGGUUGAGGAAGCAGGACGACAGAGCGCUGCUGAGCCGGGCUCUGAUUGGAGGAUUCUUCAUCUUCCCGCCUCCUCCCAUCUCCUUGGAAACAUACAUGAAGGACAGGAGAGGUGAGCCAGGUUUCCUACGAGGGGCGGAGCUUCAGAGGGAGCUGGAGAGGCUGUGUUACCGGGAGCGACGCUCCUUCUGUAUCCAGGCGACCGUUACCGCGGUUACGUAUGUCUGCAGAGGAGGAGAGGAGGACCGCCGUCUAAUUUGGACAGACAGAGCUUCGUCAUCUCUCUCCCCUUCCUCCUCUUCCUCGUCCCCCCCUCCGUUCUUUCACUCCACCCCCUCAUCCCUCAGAACCUCCCUGUCUUCCUCCUCCUCUCCGCCCUCCUCUUCCCUUUCACCCUCCUCCUCCUCCUUCUCGCCGUCCUCCUCGCUCAGGAAGUCAAGGAAGAGGAAGCGGCUUCAGACAGAAGCAAGAGAGAAGAGACCUCCGUGUCUCACGCUGCAGCCGGAACAUCACGACAGGACAGAGAUUCUGUUCGACGCGUCCAUGGAGUUUGUCGAAGACGCCGAAGACGAAGAGGAAGACGAAGACGCCUCGUCCUUCGUCACCACCGCCCUCCCGCCUACCUUCCCGUCUGUCGCCAUGGAGACUUUACCGAUGCGCUACAGCCACGCCCACAGGGAGGAGCAGGCGGUCGCCGUGGGGAUGGGAGGACGGGUGACGCCCGGGAAGUUUGGGUCGGUCCCGGAGGAUUACUACACACUGAGACUGAGAGCUUUGUCAGACGGGGUGACGGUCAGUGUCGUCUUCCUCCCACACGCCUCCUCUGCUUCCCCCUCUCCUCACCCCCACCCUAACACCUGGACCUCCAUCCUGUCACACGGAGCCUUCUCCUCACACAGACCUCCACCCUCACCAGCUGACCUCAUCGCCAUGGCGGCCCAGCUGACCAAUCAGAGGCUGGUGUGCAUCCUGGAGGCGUGUCAUUUGGGCGGAGCCUCGACUGAGCUGGUCCUCAGCCGAGCGUUCCAGCUGACGGACGUCUGAUAGAUUCACUUCAUUCCACCCUGUGAGUCUCUGUGACACG